ACGCGUUGCACUCCCGCGCGCUCGUCGCCGCGGACAAGACGCGAGAGCAGCGCGCGGUCGCGCACGAGCGCGAGGUUGACGUCUUGCGCGCGAGACGCGCGCGCAGGGACCGCGAGAGGGAGGAUCUGGAGGACCUCGUGACGAUGCUGGGAUCGGAAUUGGAAUCGUCAGAAUCGUCGGCGUCGCCGUUCGACGCCGCGACGCGCGACGCCGUCGUGCGAUCGAUCGAAGCCGGAGACUGGGACGCCUGAUCGCGGCCGUCUCCGCAGCGGACGCCGCCGCCGCGCGCGCGGGCCACCCAGUGGACGCGCUGCGCAAGGCGACCCUCGCGUACGCGCACUACGCGACGGGAGCGUCGACGGCCGCGGAGCGCGCGGCGGAUCGAUCGAUAGCCGCGGGGAAGACGCACGGCGACUGGCGCCGCGGGCAGACGCGCGCGCUCGCGGCGCGCGUCGGCGCGAACGCGGCGAUCAGGCGCGGCGACGUCGAGACCGCGCUGCGGUUCGUCGCGCUGCCGGUUCGCGCCGACCCCGACGGCGCGAUGUUCAAAGGCGCGUACGAGGCGCUGAGGGGCGUCCAGAAGGAGUUGCGAGACGCGGACGCGAAGCUCGACCGCGGCGAGUCGAGGCUGGCGCUGGACGCGGUGGAGCGCGCGUCCGCGACGAUCCGCGGGCUCGGGGUGCGAGACGGCGUCGGAAACGUCUUCGCGGACGUGGAGAGCCGCCGGUGCGUCGCGCACGCGCAGAUGCGAGCGUUCGAUCUCGCGCUCGCGGCGUGCGAGAAGGCGUUCGCCGCCGUCGGCUGCGGCGCCGGCGCCGCGUCGCCGGAAGCGGCGAAGCCGGAGGACUCCCGAGAGACGCGGCGGUCGUGCGACGAUGCGGACGCGAGGGCGCGCGCGAGGGCGCACGUCGCGCGCGCGGAGGUGCACUCGCGGGAUAAGUACCCGGAGGGUGCGCUCGCGGAUCUUCACGCCGCGGAGGAGCUGCUGGCCCCGGACGCGCGCAGAGGGUCGACGGACGCGGCGAAGGCGCUGAGGGACGUCGGGGAGAAGCUCGCCGCCGCGAACCGCGCGAAGCACGAGCACGAUAACUCGCGGGAUCACUCGAAGAUGCUGGACUUGCCGGAGAACUUGCACGAGCUCGAGAAAGAGCGCCGGUGCGAGUUCGUGAAGAAGGCGUACAAGCGAGCGGCUUUGAAGUGGCACCCGGAUAAGGCGACGGAGGCGGGGAAGUCGAGGGCGGCGCGGAAGAUGAACGAGAUGACGGAAGCGAGGGAUCACGUGAACAAACGGUUAGGGUGCGUCGCGCCGAAGCGCGACCCCGCGGAGGAGGCGCACAGGGCGGCGCAGCAGCAGUGGCAGCAGCAGCAGCGCGCGCGGCACUUUCAGCAGUUCCAGCAGCGCGGCCGACGGACGCACUUUGAGUUUUGAGCGCGGCGUCGCGAACGCGCGCAUCUUUACGGCGAUUUUUUUUCUCU